CACUCCUUCACGAACAUGGCGUUUCACUAGUGGACUGUACACGGGCUUUUCGAGAUCAAAUUGAGGUUUAAACGGUGUGACGAGAGACAGACCUCGUUGCAACCUGAACAAGACACCGUAAGUACAGGUCAAAUCAGUGCAAGGAAAUCCAAGGAUAAGCAUACGCAGAAAAUCUACCCAGCCAUUCGUGACGACAGUAACUAACCUCCUCAAAAACUAAAUCUCCCAGCGUACCCUGCAGUGAGUCCAUGUGGGCGUGCAUGGUCAUCCCCUCAGACUGGCAGAGCAGGCUGACAUAGCGGGGCCAGUGGGUGACAUUGUCCUCCAGCCGACGUUGGGGAUCGAGGGGACAUUCGGAGGGUGAAGGCGCUGCCUAUGCUCGUCUGGUGUGUGUGUGAGACUCGGAGCAUGGUGAGAGGCUGCGCUGGUUGCCAUGGAGCUACAGGAUAAGAAGCAGGAGGAUGGGGGAGCGGGGACCUUGGGCUUGUCCACUGGUCAGGCUCUGGGAAUACUGAGGGACCAGCUCACCACCCUGCUUGACCAGCACCAGACCACAGGCCGUGGCAAACAACCCACUGCACAGGAGCAGUGGGUGAAAAGCUUCCUUCACCAUGGCAACCGCCACUCCUGUCUCCAUUGGCCGGGAGCCGCCCUCACACUGCUGGUGGUGGUGGGACUUCUCUGUUGUUAUGGCGACCAGCCGCACGGCAGUUCUGGGAUAGAGUUGGUGAACGCUGCAGCCCUCCUCAUGCUCUUCACGCUGAGCUUCAUGCUGAUUGGUCGGCAGCAGAGGCUGAGGAGAACUGAGAUGGUGCACCGGCUCAACAGCAUCAUCAAUCAGCUCAACGGCUACCUGUCGGGCUGGGCAGAUUUGGGUGAGGGGAUGAGGUGGUCUCCUUCCCUUUACCCUGACCUGUACACCCCCUCCUCCCCCUCCUGGUCGCUCCACUGGACCUACCGCGACUCCAACCUGGUCAACCUGCCUGUGUCCCUACUGGUGGAGGGAGACGUCAUAGCACUACGGCCAGGACAGGAGACAUUCUCUUCUCUCAGAGGCAUCAAUGAUGACGAUCAUAUAGUUCUGGAGCCAGGGGACAUGUUCCCACCUCGUUCCCCCCCUCCCUCUCCCCGGGGGGACCAGAAGAGGGGUCCCCAGAGCCCCCAGCAGCACCGCCUCUUCAGGGUGGUCCGCACGCCCAUCCUCGACAGCGUCAGGAACAGUCUGGACCUGGCUCUGUCUCGACCAAUCACAGCCCUGGAUAACGAGAGGUUCACCGUUCAGUCCAUCAUGGCCAAGUUCGCCUGCCCUAUUGUACUGAUGACGUUCUUGGUUGUGAAUACAGUGCGUUAUUUCUUUGACGCCCCUAGCCUCACUCCUGGACGCUUCAACUUCAUCCAGCUGCAGCUGAUGGGAGUGCUGCCCAUCCUUCCCCUGCUGUUUCCUGUCAUGUGGGUGCUGGUCAACACCUAUGGCGAGGCUAGCGUCCUGGCUGAGUCCAGCAGAGCUUCUCCUACUGGCUUGCUUGCUAAGUUCUCCGAGGACACUUUAAGCAGCUACACUGAAGUGGUGUCCUCCCAGGAGAUGCUGCGGUGUGUGUGGAGACACCUGCUGGGCGUGCUGAAGGGAGAAUCACAGACACUCUGUUAUACUUCCAGCCUGCUACACACACUUGGCUCUGUCACUGUGUUGUGUUGUGUGGAUAAACGGGGUGUAUUAUCCUGGCCUAACCCCAGUCCAGAGACGGUGCUGUUCUUUAGUGGUCGCGUGGAGCCGCCUCACAACGACAGUCAAGAAGACCUGCGAGACGACCUCUCUGUCAACUCCGAGGACCGGGACGAGACACUGGAGGGGGAGGCUCUGCUGUGUAUGCCAAUGAUGGAUGGGUAUGAGCCCAGCGAGACGUCACAUGACACUGGCUGUUCGCAAGCACGGGAGACACACACACGCACCAAACAUCCCUCAGGAUCUAAUGUCAGCUUCAGCCACGACACUGAUGGAGGGGAUCAGGGCCCUGAACAGGAUAUGUCGGGUUGCUAUGACAACGAAGCGGAGGACUACGUGUGUGAUUACCACCUGGAAAUGUUGAGUCUGUCUCAGGACCAGCAGAACCCGGUGAGUAUCCAGUUCGACGAGCAGGGCUGGCAGUGCCACCUGCCCAGCCUCAAGCCCCUGGGCCUCAACAUCCUGCUCAACCUGUGCAAUGCCAGCGUCACCCAGCAGCUCUGCCGCUUCUCCGACCACCUCAGUAACCUGGCGCUGCAGGAGAGCCACGGGGCCGUGCUGCCCGUCCACGUGCCCUGGGGACUGUGUGAGCUCUCCAGGCUUAUAGGGUUCACUCCCGGGGCGAGGGAGCUGUUUAAACAGGAGAACCACCUAGCUCUGUACCAGCUGCCCUGUGGGGAGAAGGCCAAGGAGUCUGUCCCUCGACGCCAACAUAACUUUACCAAGAGACAACCUCCCAUCAGCCACCUCAUCUCCCUCUUCAUCAGAGACUCCUCUUCCAAUAACGUCCAGAUGUUGUCUCACGGCUCAGCUGACCUCAUCCUGGAGGCCUGCACUGAUGUCUGGGACGGAACCGACAUCUACCCCCUCUCUGGCUCCGACAGGAAGAAGGUUCUGGACUUCUACCAACGGGCCUGUCUGUCGGGAUACUGCUCUGCUUUUGCCUACAAGCCCAUGCAGGUGUCUCUGUCCAACCAGCUCAAUGGGAAAUGUGUGGAGCUAGCCCCCGGACCCAACCUCUUCUCUGGGGUAGAACUGCCCUCCACCACCCCUAUCAAACAUGUCUCCCGCAGGAACUCCUGGAGCUCUGAUGAGGGUAUAGGAGGUGUGGAGAAGGACGACUGUGUUCAGGCUCUGAGUGGUCAGAUCUUUAUGGGGAUGGUGUCAUCACAGUUCCAGGCUCGUCUGGACACCGUCAGGCUCAUAGACGCUCUGGUCACCGCCUGCAUACGCUUCGUCUACUUCUCUAUGGAGGACGAACUACGCAGCAAGGUGUUUGCAGAGAAGAUGGGCCUGGAGACAGGAUGGAACUGUCAUAUCUCUCUGACCCCAAACAGAGACAGUCCCUGUGACGGCGCCCCCAACAGCCCCGGCCAGUACUCCGUACACGAUGAACAUCAAGACCCCAGAGAUGAGGCAGAGGGGCUGCUGUUACCAGAGGAGGAGACCACUGAUGUCCCCAGCUUCCUGGAGGACUGCAACCGGGCGAAGCUACCUCGUGGUAUCCACCAGGUUCGUCCUCACCUGAAGAACAUUGACAACGUGCCUCUGUUGGUGCCCCUCUUCACCGACUGUACCCCAGAGACCAUGUGUGAGAUGAUCAAGAUCAUGCAGGAGAACAGAGAAGUGACGUGCUGCCUGGGGAGCUCUGCUAACUUCCGCAACAGCUGCCUCUUUCUACAGAGUGACCUCAGCAUCGCCCUGGACCCCCUGUACCCGUCGCGGUGUUCGUGGGAGACGUUUGGCUACGCUACAGGGGCAGGGCUGAACGGGGAAGUGGAGGGUCUGUCUCCUCUCAGUCUGUCUGGUCAACUCAACACCCUGGCCUGUUCUGUCACCUUCCACCAGGGGGAGUCGGUCAGCAUGGUCAAACUCAUAGAACAGGCACGUCACACCACCUACAGCAUCCGCAAGAGUUUCCUGUUCCUGUUGCAGUGUCAGCUGACCCUGGUCCUCAUCCAGUUUCUGGCCUGCCUUGCCCAGCUCCCUCCUCCCAUGAACAUCACUGACAUCCUGUGGCUCUCCUGCUUCAGCUGUCCAUUGCUCAGUGUGUCAUUCUUAGGAAAGCCAGCAGACAGUUCUGUGAUGAAUGUAGCCACAGGGAAGAACCAAGAUGCCAUCCCCAGAAAGACGCAGACCUACUUCCUGGGUUGUUUCCUGCUGAAGUUUGGCCUGACCGUGUGUGCCUACCUGCUAGGCUUUGGCUUCACGCUGCACGAGGUCUGCCUGAGGACCAACAACCUGACACUGGCCGAUAACACCACCAUCAACUGUACUGAUAUCCUCAGGGUCAGUUCGGCUCUGGACGCUCCCCAUUGGUUCAGAGAGCUGUCCAACGGCCUGCUGCUCACUCAGAAGGUCAUGGCUGGAUUCCUGGCCCUGCACACUGUGGUCAUCUCGCUAAGUUACGUCCAUCGCUCCCAGCCUCUGUGGAAGAAGAACCCUUUCAGCAACACCUGGUGGUGCCUCACUGUCCUUGUAGUUCUGUUGGGUCAGAUGGUACAGGCCACGGUGGACUACAAGCUGUGGCAGGACAGGUCGGCUUCUUUGACCUUUGGCCUGAAGGACAUCCCCAUGCUGGCCUGGCUGUUGGUCUCCCUGUCCUGCCUGGUGGUGGUGCUGCUCAACGAGGCCGUCAAACUACACGAGAUACGGGUGAGGGUUCGCUACCAGAAGAGACAGAAGCUACAGUUUGAGACCAAACUAGGGAUGAACUCUCCCUUCUGAUUGACAAUUAACAGAAGGGCGUUUCAAAGCAUGCUGUGAACCAAUCAGCCCUCGGGGAAAGAUGAGGGACCAGAAUCUGGAGGAGGCCGAAGUUGGCCCUAACCACUGACACAGGGUCAGAUGGUUCUCAUCCCUCUGUUUGUUAGGAUUGUAGAAAGGGUUACCUGACUUUAGAUCUGUGGUUUAGGGGAACUUCUACCUUAAACCCAGAAUCAAUCAAACUCAUUGAGUGCCCAUUGACUUGAUGCCAGGAUCACUCAACCCACCUCACCGUGAAAGCACUUUGCCUAGCAGGUCCUCCAAACCGAUACAUGUGCUGGGUGGUCGAACACUGCGAAAAUCCAAUCUUUUUUUAUUUUUUAGAUUUAAAUUAUAUUGUAUCAUUGUUAUGUUUAAAAAAAAAAGAGGAAAAUCCCAAAGAAUGUUAUUUUCUUUUUUUGCUUUUAAAAGAAAGACUGCUAAGAAAUGUGAAUAAUUUAUUAUCUUGUGGAAUGUUUUUCUUAAGGCAUGGGGAAGGUUUUACUGUAUCCCCUACUUGAGUUUAGGGAAGGGGUUAUUUUCUCCUAGUUACUGGUCUGAUACUGGCUCACAUGGGGAUUAUCACACUUUCACACUUCAGCAUGUCUCCCCCUUUCACAUGAAUCCCAAUACCAUAGUAGAGUACAAUAGCCUUCACCUUGAAUGUAGUGUGUCAUUACAGCCACUUGCUGCUGUAUAUCUGAAUGCCCAAGCAGUGCUGAAAGGAUAGGAGAGAUGUAUCUAGUAACAUGGCCCAGAUUCUGGUCUGGGACAAUGUCCUGGUCCUAAAUCUGUCAAAUAAUUGGCAUUGAUAGACCUGAAAAGCCUGCCAUCAAGGUGAAGUCUGGAGUCCACAAUGUAGUGCUAACCCUGUGGAUUCACUUGAAGCAGUUUCAGAAAGGUUCUGUUGACCAUACUAAGGAUUUCUUAACAAGGCUACUCUUUAUAGCCCAGACUUCUAGCCAUGAAAUCAACGUGGCAUGUUCUUAACCAGGAUCCAAGAAUAUCCAUUGCGAUUUUCCUUCCUAACAAAUGUUUCCUUUGUUUCAACCACACGAUCCGACUCCCGAGCCGAGCCAAGGGCAAUCCUGCUCUAAUGCAAUAAGUAAUGAAGAUUCAUUUCAUUUACUAUAAACAAGUAAAAACGGAAUUUGUAUCUUUCUAGGUUAAUUGUAUUUUGAAGAAUGUGCUAGCCUGCCACUUUGAAACUCAUGUACUGUAAGAAAGGGAUUUGUUUAAUCAUCAAUGAUCCUUGUGUACAUACUGUUUUUCCCACCAGAGUUCUACUGACUGUGGUCUACUCAAGCUAAUAAGGUUUCGUCCGUGGUGUUCUAGAUUAGAAUAGCCUCUAGAGAUUUAGAGCAUCCCAGGGUAUUCUGAAGGUGCUUCAUGUCAUCCAGUUGUCUUUUUACUGGCCUGUGUGCUUGUUUCUGCAUUUGACAACAACAAUGUGCAAGCUGACUUAGUCCGCGAUUCAAUCCGAUCACGCUUGUAAGACAAUGCUCAAUUGGAAAUGGCCUAUGUCAAGCGCUGAAUGGUGCUUUCGGAUUGAAUCCUGGCCUAAAAGCAGAAUUACUGAGACCUGCCAGGCUACCUGUCUGUGUUGGGUGAUCAUAUCGGUAGACCCAUUUCAACUCUACAAAUGAUGACUAGCUACAGAUUGAUCAGCCACAGCUGUUCUAUUUUCAUUGUUGUUGUAUGUUAUUUUUACAGCUUGACGUGUUGAUCUUCUUAUCCUUGUUUCCCAAAUGGCACCCUAUACACUUCGGUUUGGAGUUUUUCCCCCGGUUGUAUCACGAGGUCAGAAAAAAACUCCUGUGCCCAAGUCAAACUAUAUACAUUUAAUAAUGCGUGGUGCGCCCACACCUCUCGACUUCUCACCACGUGCUCUGGUAUUGGUUACCCCUCUCUGUUUUGAAUGUGGGCUACAGUGCUCAUACGUUAUAUUGACAUGGGGUCGAAGCAGGGCCCAAGAUGGCAUAAAAACAUGGUGCCUACUUUUUUAUUUUUUAUUAACACCUCAGGAUCGGGCCUCGCACACUUGUGGUCUUCACAGGCUCCCUUUGGUUGGUGCGUACUUACUUUAAGUGACACAGAAGAGUUGGUAGGUGCAUGGUCUGCUAGAUCUGUGUGUGGUAGAUAUCAUGUAAAAGCACUGGACUACUUAGAUCCUUGUUGAAUGAACAACGAUCUUAAAAGGGAAAACAGACUGAAGAUGUUGGUUUUUGUACAAUAGAAUGCAUCCACACACUGCACAUAAGUACAUUUCAAUCCAUCAAAUGUAUUUCCCAUAUAUGACUGGACACAUCUACUCAUUCAAGGGGUUUCUUUAUUUAUACUAUGUUCUACAUUGUAGAAUAGUGAACUUCAAACCUAUUAAAUAACACGCAUGGAAUCAUGUAGUAAC